AUGUCAUAUUGGGACAACAACAAAGGUGCCUUGAAAGCCGGAGGCAUUGCGGUUUUGAAAGGCGCAGGCCAUGCAACUGCCACCGUCAGUAAGUACGGAUACCAUGCGGGGAAGACUGCCUACAAGAACAAUAAGAACCAAAAAGAUGGCCAAGCUCAAGACGAGGAGCCUUCUCCACCAGCUCAGAUUCCCUCCCAGUACAUCCGAGAUCCACACUCUUUUGCACCCCCACCUCGUCACAAAGCGAUCAAUGGACACGCAGAGCCGAACAAUUUCACUGCUCCUGCACAGACACAAGCACCUCCACCUGUUUAUCAAUACCAGCAACCCCAGCAGUAUCAGCCUCUAACUGCGGGCCAGCCUCAAAGUACGGCACAACCUCAGGCACAGCCGUACCAGCCUCAGACUUACGGGCAACAGGUUCCGCCUGCGCCGCCAGCACAACCGUACCAGCCAUCCGCUUACCAACCACAGCCUUCAGAACAAACUCAAACUUAUCCGCAGCAAGGAUACCAGCCUACUCCGUACCAACAGCAAACACCAUACGAGCAGCAGUCUCCUUACGGUCAGCCUGGAUACUUCCAACAACCGGCGCAGACUCAACCUCAAUUCAACCAGGCUUCAAAUCCCCAGCCAUACGGCCAGCCAGCACCACCAGUUCAGCCGGCCCAGCAGUCUCCUUACCAGCAAACCACGCCGUUUGCCCAGAUUCAGCAGGGACUUGGUCAAGUUGCCGCUCAACUUCAACAGAGCUACAGCCAGUCUUCCAUCCAGUCUCAGCCAACUCUGCAGUCUCAGCCAAGCUAUGCUCAGUCUGUUCAGCCACAGCCAAGUUACGGCCAGACAGUGCCUCCAGCACAGCCUACGUACCAGGAGCCAACCAACUACCAGCCAGCUGCCCAGCCUCCGUCUGUUUACCAGCAGUCUGAACGGCCCCCAUUCCCAUUGCCAGGCCAAAACCAAGCACCACCAACUCCGACACCCGUGGUGAAUUACCAGCCUACUCCAGCCCAGGCCCCAGUGACAGCACCAGCAUCAGCACCCGGUCCCGCUGCUUUGCCGCCUCGGUCUGUUCCCCAGCCUGUGGCCGUGGCCCCCACUCCUGCUCCAGCAUUGGCUCCCGUGGCUGUCCCUACAAGGGACUACGCACAGGCUCCGUCCUCGAACCCGCCACCGUACACGCCAACAGAGAGCACUCAAGAGAGCUCUGAUGCACAGUCAGUGACUUCUGCAUCGACAUUCUCUCCAUCAGGAGCGGACCCGGCUGCUGCCAAGAAAAAAAAUGGACUGCCACCCGUCGAAGAGCCAAAGUUCAAGCAGUCUUUGAUGGAGUUUGACAUCACCAAGUACGGGCCUCCACCACCAAAGGCAAAGAGAACAGAGGCCGAGCAGCGAAAGAAUGAAAGGGACAGAGAUUUCAAAAUCAGAAUGCAGAAGAUGAAGGAGGAAUCGCAGCAGAAGGCCAAGAUGUCUGCAGUGCAGAAGGCCCAAUCCAUCUCGUCGCCGUCUGCGUCUUCGCUGGUGUCUCCCGUUGCUACUGGUGGCUCCAAGAAUAAUGGCAUUUCGAGAACCAACUCUGAAACCACAGAGCCACCACGCAAAUACGAACUUCCAGACAUCAGCAAGAUCCAGCCCCCACCUCCAACUGUCAAGCUUGACCAACAGCAGUCACCCCAGCAAUUUAAUGCCGGACCGCAGAAACCAAGCCUGCCAUCGAGAACGAGCACAGAGGUUAAGGAACCACCCAAAAAGUUUGAGUUACCAGAUACUUCCAAGAUCCAGCCCCCACCAAGACCAGGUAACGGUUCUACUGCAACUUCCUCAUUACCGCCUGCAGCUCGCCCACAACUCCCAACGCGGACAGUGCCUACUCAGUCUCCACAACCACAUGCCCCUCCACCCCCAUCCAAGCCUGGCCAUUUAUCUUCCAAGCCAAAACCGCCCGUUCCAAAGAAGCUCAGCAACCCCGACCUGGCAGAUAUCACGGCAGCCAAGAAGAAGCCUCCUGUUCCUACAAAAAUCUCUCCAUCGGGACCGUCCACCAGUACGAGUCACAUCAAGGAGCUGCAGUCGAGGCUGGCUGGCCUACAAUUUGAAAAGUGA